ACUAAAAAGAAUGACACGCGGGCUUUUAAUUUCAUGCUUGCUUUUUUUCUCAUAAAUGUUUAUCUACAGUUUAAAUUAAUCUAAAAUUUCUUUAGAUUUAAAAGAUUUGUGUGAAAAAUAUUGUUUGAUAAAAAUUAUAUGAGCUGAUUUAAACAUUGAACUGGAAGUUGAAAAUUUUCUUUUGAUAACUUUUAAUUAACAUGGCUAAUGCUCUUGAAAGUUAUUCAGGACAUACUGUAGCUGUUAUAACACAAGAUGGCCGCAUGAUUGUUGGAACACUUAAAGGUUUUGAUCAAGCAGUUAACUUGAUUUUAGAUGAAAGCCAUGAAAGAGUGUUUUCACCUGAUAGCGGAGUUCAACAAGUUAUUCUUGGACUUUAUAUCAUCCGUGGUGAUAAUAUAGCUGUUAUUGGAGAGAUUGAUGAUGAAGUUGAUUCUGAACUCGACCUUAAAGAAUUAAAAGCAGAACCUUUUAAUCCUGUUGUUUACUAAAAAUUUUAGAAUUUAAAUAAA